CCUGGACGGCCCUCCACCUCCGCCUUCUCUCAACGCCUCAACAGCAGCAUGAGCAACGACAGCGCUGGCUCGCAAGUGGACGACUUUGCGCAGCUGCAGGCGCAGGCUGCUGCGCCAGAGUCGGCAGAGCACGCCAUGCCCUCAAGAGCCGCUCUGCUCCUGCCUCCUCCCGGCCAAAGCCCGCCUCUUCACGAGACACUCGACAUCGCAGAGCUGCUCGCUGCCUCUCCGGGCGCAAGCAGACGCUCGACGGAUGCACAGGCGCAGUUCUGGCGCGGCGCAAAGUGGUCGCCAGAUGGCUCCCACGUGCUCCUUCAGCGCGAGUCACACAUCCUAGAUCUCUGCGCUCUCGUCGCCUCCGACCCAGGCGCUGCGUCUGGCUCGACUGCAGCGUCGAGGCUGUGCCUCAAACACGUGCUCAGCGUCUCCUCACCGAGUCCGCUGCUCUCUUACGUCUGGUACCCCUUCGCUUCGCACGCUCAACCCGCUACGUGGUGCUUUGCCUUCGGAGCACGAGACGUGCCGGUUCGGCUUGUAGAUGCUUAUGCUGGCAAAACUCGCGCCUCCUACCCGAUCGAAGAUCACGUCGAGCGAUUCGUCGGUCCUCAAGCGCUCGCAUUCAGUCUCGAUGGCACACGUCUCUACGCCGGGCACGCCACUUCUCUCUCAGUUUUCGAGCUUUCUUUUCCCGGCUCUGCACCGCGGACUAUGGCGUUGACGCCCUCGCGACGGCCUCAGCCUGGCGUGGACCCGGCACAACGUGGCCUCGUUAGUGCACUGGCAGUCGGGUGGAGCGUCACUUCGGAGGAGGAGAUGGAGGAGUUGGUUGCUGUGGGGACGUUCGCUGGGACGGUCGGCAUAUAUGCACCGGCACGAGGAAGAAAGGCGGAGAAGUGCCUCGUCGCUGGAUGGAGAGAGACUGAGCGGCGAGGCGUUACCCAGCUGCUGUUCCACCCAGCAGCGCCGCACAUCCUCCUCCUCAGCUCGCGACACGACUCAUCCAUCCGCGCGCUAGAUCUGCGGUAUCUCGCGCAACAGCCCGACUUUCUCUCGCCAGCGCCGGCAGCAGCUUCACUCGGCACGUUUGUCCGGCGAGCCGGCACAUCCCAGCGUCUGGCGUUUGACGUUGGUGCGUCCGGCACGCGCCUCGUUGCGGGCGAUGUGAAAGGCACAGUGGCGGUGUGGGACGUCGACCUGAACGCCGUCGAGGGAGAGGAGGCAAGAUUCGGAGAUGCGGUGCGAAACGAAACGCAUGAGUGGCCGCCGCUCGCUAGCUGGUCUGCCGCGCAAGAUUCUCUUGGUGCAGCGCUCCUGCAUCCCUCGCUCCCACUGCUGCUCACAGUCAGCGGGGCGCGACAUUGGGACGCAGGCGCAGCCGCUCGCGACAGCUCGGAGUCAUCCGAGUCCGAGUCGGAGCUCGAGGCAGCACUGCCGCCCAGCCGACGAUCCGCGGGCUACUGCACGCACGACAGCGCUGCACGGCUGUGGGAUCUGUCUGGGCGGCCUGACAAUCCCACAGCAUAAGCGCUCGCAGCGCGCGUUCAAACGUCAGACUUGAGCGCAGAUGACAGAGUGAAAGGGGAUGCUUGCGCUGGCUGCAAUGCUCUGCGUGGUCUACCAAGAGGGGCCCCGCGAGGGACGGGACGGGAUGCGAAGUACGAAGUGGGGUCUAAGGCGCGCGGAUUACUGUAGGGUCCGGAAAAAGCGGAGCAUCGCAAGGAAGGGGAGGUCAUGACUGGCUGGCGCGAGAAAGGGGACGUAACGGAGAGCGGAGGGGUAUAAAAUCUUGCAGACUCGGCGGCGAGCAUGCCGUCCGGCGAAGAAGAAGGAGCUGGGCUCAGACUGGACGCAUCCAGAUCUGGCCGGGGCGCGAGCGCUCGCGAAUGAUC